ACACAGAAGCAGCUCACGACUUUCACCUACGACCCCAAGAACAAGAUGUUGAGCCCUCAUCUCACGUUAAUGUUUGUAUCCAGUGUUCUUAGUGCUUCCUUGCUGGCUGAUGGCGCUAAUAUAAGACUCAUCGGAGGCAGUAAUACCUGCUGUGGUAGAGUGGAGAUCUACCGUAAUGGCCAGUGGGGAACCGUGUGUGAUGAUGACUGGGACAUGAAGGAUGCAGAGGUGGUGUGCAGACAGCUGGGAUGUGGCCGAGUUCUCAGUGCCCCUACCAAUGCCCACUUUGGUCAGGGAAGUGGCCCGAUAUUUCUGGAUGAUGUUAAAUGUUCUGGAAGUGAAAGGUCCCUCACACAGUGCUCUCAUCCUGGAUUUGGAAAACACAACUGUGGUCAUGGAGAAGAUGCUGGUGUUACAUGUUCAGGGAGCAUUGAGAUCAGACUGGUGAACGGUAAGACACGCUGCUGUGGUAGAGUGGAGCUCUACCAUAAUGGCCAGUGGGGAACCGUGUGUGAUGAUCACUGGGACAUGAAGGACGCAGAGGUGGUGUGCAGACAGCUGAGAUGUGGUCGAGCUCUCCGGGCCCCUGCCAGUGCCCACUUUGGUCAGGGACAAGAACCAACAUGGCUGGAUGAUGUUCAGUGUUCUGGAACUGAGAAAUAUAUAAGUCAGUGUUCACAUGGAGGAUUUGGGAAGGAGGACUGUGGACAUGAUGAAGAUGCUGGAGUUAUAUGCUCAGGUGACUUGAGGAGUCCUAAACUCUUCCAAGUCUCAUCCCACUCUGCUUUCUCACCUGGAGAGACCAUUCAGUUCAGAUGCACCACACCCAACCCAACCUGCAUCUCCACAGAGUUCAGACUGUAUAGAAAUGGGACACUGAUAACUACCCAAACAGCUGAAUACACUGCAACAUUUACUUUGACUGUGGAUGCCUCCCAUCAGGGCCAGUACAGCUGUGGUUACUCAUACCAGGGAAAUGGCAUCAUCACCUCACCUACUAGCAGCUCCACUGGUAUUACUGUGGUUGCUAUUCCCAUUCCACAAAUCUCUCUCAGUCCCACCAAUAAAGUCAUAUGGGGAAAGAAUGUUGACAUCACCUGCUCCAUAGAAACUCAGUACAGAGGUGGAACCUUCACUCUGCUGAAGCACUCUGGGCCAUUUAGACAGAUAAAGAAUGGAACCUCUGUCACCUUCACUUUCCCUAAAGUGGACUUUGUUCAUGAGGGGUCUUACUACUGCCAGUACCAGACAAGAGUUUCCAUGCAGGAUUUCACAUCUCCAAAGUCUACUUCUGUUGGUUUCUCUGUUCUGGUGAUUCUGCAAAAGCCCAGUAUCUUCUUCAAUUCUCCUGAUGGAAGUUUCCACCAGGGCCCUCUGAGGUUAGAGGUGACCAGGGGUCACAGCUUCUCCAUCAUCUGCUCCACGGAACCUCAGUAUCCAGGAGGCUCCUUCCACUUGGAGUUCAGUGGAUCCAACAUCAGCAGGACUCAGUCAGCUGAUAACCACUCAACCACCUUCAUCUUUCCUGUGGCAGAUUUUAUCCAUCAGGGAAACUACAACUGUUUUUAUGAAGUAGACGUGUCCAGUCACACUUUUAAAUCCAACAGCACAGAACUCUUGGUUUUUACUAUAAGAGCAUCAUUGGCUCCCUUCAUUGGUUCUGGAGUCACAGCUGCUCUGCUGAUCAUAUUAGUGCCCGUCAGCAUUUACUUCAUAAAGAGACGCAAAGAACAAAACCAGACUGAUUGGAAGAUGGAGCACAGACAGUGUGCCAAAAACACAUAUGAAAUUACCAGGGUGAAUGAGAUGGAUGAUGAUGAUAUUUAUGAAAAUGCAGAAACCAUUUUCCAACAGCAAGAGGAUUUGGAUGACUCUGCUGAUGACUAUGUCAAUGUAGACUCUGAUGAUGACUACACCAAUGUGCAAAUAAAGGCAGCUGAUAAUGACUACGAAGACAUUUAUACAAACUGUUCAGUGUAGUUGGGCAAACUGAGCAGUUUUAAUGCUCUAAUGAGAAGAGUCCAUGAAAAAAGAAAGAAUGCUAAAAAAUGCUUUCCAUCUAAAGAUGGCAGGGUUUUUAUGUAAGAAAAAUAAACAGACAAAUCAUGCCAGAGUUUUUAAUCUUUUAAUGACAAUGUAAAAUAAUCAGAAAUGUUGUAG